GUCGUCGGACAGGAGGGCAAGAUUCGAGCAUCUCCGGUGCAAGAGUCUGUCCUCCCGUCCAACCCCGUCUGGUUCAGCGGCGACAUCCUGGAGGCCAUGGAGAGGGUUUCGCCAUCCUCGGACAGCGACGUCACUGCCCUUCUGCCAGCUGGCCAGACUUCCCGUGUGAGGCGUUCGCCGAAAGGUGUUGCCACAAGGCGUAGAGGAGGAAAGCGGCAGGUGCUGGCAACACCUUCACCUGCCCGUGGGACCGUGCCUGCCUCCGGGCCCAGACCAGUGGUGCAGCAGGUGGAGUCGUCCAGCGUGGUGCCAGGGGUGGUCGUCGUCCGGGAGGAGCUCGCCGCAGCGUGCCCGGCCGUCCCGGAGGUGCCGGCGAGACCUUCACCAGCCCGUGGGACCGUGUCCGCCUCCGCGCCCAGACCAGCGGUGCAGCAGGUGGAGGCGACAGCCCAGGAGUCGGCCAGCGAGGUGCCGGGAGUGGUCGUCGGUCGGGAGGAGGUCGCCGCAGCGGGCCCUGCCGUCCCAGAGGAGCGACAGAAGAUCUUCAAAGCUAAGGCUGUUUUUGUUCCUUCUAUUUGUAUGCCCCGUGCCAAGUCCCACCGGCGGGCCCAGGCCCAGAAGCGGAGGAUGGCGCAGCCGCAGCCAUGGACCCCCCAGCCGCCUGUCCCCGAGUUCGUUGCUCGGCGCGGUACAGGGUACCGCCAUCGCGUGCGGAGAUGGCCGACUUCGAAGCUGACCCAGCGCAGCUUCAAGUUGGUCACUCCUGCCCUGCAGCCGGACCAGAAGAUGGUGUUCGUCGUGGGAGACUCCCACCUGCGGGCCCUGGUGGAUGGGAUCGUCGCAAUGCCGGAGGUACCUCUCUCUUUCUCUUUUCUUUCUGUUCCAGGUGCGCAUGCAGCAGAGCUGAGGACGGAGGUGUCCCACGCCGCUCUCCCCUGGACCCCGGACGUGGUGUGUGUGCUCGCCCCGAGCAACAACCUGACAGCCAGCAGGAACAUCGGAGAGGCGUCGCUGGACUUCGGUGCUCUCCUGGCUACAGUUUGCAACCGCUGGGCGAAGGUGUUCGUGCUGGACUUCCCUCCACGCUUGAACAUCGAGCCUGGCCUGCAGGAGCUGUUCCGCCAGGAGUUCCGCCGUGUCGCAGCACGCAUGGGUCUCCCAUACGUGUCUGUGGCAGAGCACCUCCCUCUGGACCGUUUGGAGCUGUGGAGCCGUGACGGUGUGCACCUCAGCGACAGCGACGGAACGCCGAUCCUCGUCCAGGCCCUGUGGGACGCCGCGGUCCGCCAGCUGGCUCCUCCUCCUCCUCCUCCUCCCUCGGUGCCCCCCCGGACAUCGCCUCGUGCCAGGGUCUCCCCCGUGCUGGUUGUGACAGGACACAGCCCCGCGCCCCGCCACCGUGACCCACUGGAGUGGACCGUCGUCGGACAGGAGGGCAAGGUAAUGUGUUUGAGUCAUUUUCUGGCUGUACAUUUGUGCAUCUUUUCUAUUCGAGCAUCUCCGGUGCAAGAGUCUGUCCUCCCGUCCAACCCCGUCUGGUUCAGCGGCGACAUCCUGGAGGCCAUGGAGAGGGUUUCUCCAUCCUCGGACAGCGACGUCACUGCCCUUCUGCCAGCUGGCCAGGUAAACUGCCUGAUAAUUACAUUUAUAUAUUAA